AUGAAUGUAUAUGCUAAUAUGGACCACGCAGAACCAACCUCUCACACACCAACCACCGUUCCACGUGCAAGCACAUCAGAUCCCCUCUUACAAUCGAAAAUGGAGAAGGAAAAGGUAUUAGAACAAAAAACAGAUAUGAUUGCAGAUGCUGUAAAAGCCAAUGCAACUCCAAUGAAUGAAGAAUUGAGAAAGGCACAUGAAUUCACUCCGGAGAGUCUAUUCAAUCGAGAAUUGUCCAAAGAUAUUGAUGAAUCCAUGACCGAAAAAUUGAAUCAAACCAGAAUUAUUGCCAACAUGGACAAAGGACAGGAUCUAACCAAAGAAGCAGGGGAAUGGGCCAAAGAGCAAGCAAAACUAGAGAGAAAGUUUGGAGUUUCCAACACGAAUCCAGACAAUUUAAAAGGAGAGGAGUAUGAACAGUCGAUUCCAGGAAAGAUACGAAGAGGUUUCAAAGCGGCUAGAAGGUGGGCUAAAACGUUUUUGACAGGUUCAUAA